GUUCAUGGGGAAGUGGAAAAGGAAACAUUUUUAGAAAAAAUGGCUGCUUUUACAGGAAAAAAGAUUCAUAGCAGUGAAAUGAAGGAAGUUCUGGAAGAAAUGGGGAUAGAGAUCACAGAUGAAGGGAUCAGAAUACUAAAGGAAGUGCUGCCCUUCGAUGCUUCGGACCAUACAUUUCAAAACAGAAUGUUGGAUGUUGUGCUAUCCAUAAAUGAAGGAGAAGUUAAACUUGAUAAUGUGGACUCUGUCCUGGACAACCUGGGAGUGAAGCUUACACCAAAGGAGCAAGAGAACAUAAUGAGGAUUCUGCUAUCUGAGGAAGAGAGCUACGAUAGAAAAACUCCACUCAGUCAACUGAUGCUUGCAGUGGCAGAAGUUACAGGAGGACAAGUUAACAUCAAAGAUAUAAAAAGUACUCUGGAAAAAAUGGGCAUAGAGCUCACAGAAAAUGAAUGUUCCCAAUUAGAGAGCGUGCUUCCAGUUAAUGCCAACGGGAAGGUGUACAAGAAGAGGUUGUUGGAAACGGUGGCUGCCUCCAAAAGAGGGCUGGUGGAUGUUGCUAACAUAGACACAGUUUUGCAAAGCAUGUGCAUGCAAUUCACAGACGAGGAGAUAGACAAUUUUCUGGAGAAAGUGCCUGUUGAUGAUAAUCAGAAGGUUGAAUUGAAAAACUUACUAGAUACAAUAGAAGAUUUUACUGGAAAGAAUAUUGAUGCCAAUGACGUACUAACAGUUCUGAGAGACAUGGGGAUUGAAUUCACUGAAGAAGAAGAGGAGGCACUAUGGGAUGUUCUCCCCAUCCAUGAACCUGGAAUGGUAUAUGAGAAGAGAAUGUUGGAAGAAGUGAAGGCGAUGAAAGGAGGAGUGGUUAAAGUCAGUAACCUAGACACUAUUCUGCAAAGUCUCGGCAUUGAGCUCACAGAUAAAGAACAUGAAAGUCUGACAGAACAUCUACCACUCACCGCUGAUGGAAAGAUUCAUCUUGGCCAAGUGCUAGAAACAGUAGAAGCUAUUACAGGGGGAGACAUUGAUAUCAGUGACAUGGGAGAUGUUCUGAAUGAAAUGGGGAUCGCUCUCACAGUAAAGGAAAACAAAGAGCUGCUAGAACAUCUACCCAUAACUUCUAAAGACAAAGUUCACAAGAACAGGAUAAUGGAUGGUUUGAAGUCUUUCAAUCGUGGAACUGCUAAUAUCAAUAAACUUGAUACGGUUUUGGAAAACAUGGGGUGGAAGCUCACAAAAGAAGAAAUCAAGGAUCUGAAGCAGAGCCUGGCUGCUGACGUGCAUGGAAGAGUUGCAUUGAAGAAAUUGUUUAAGGGAUUAAACACAUUUACGGGACCAAAGGUUGACAUGCGUGCGCUUCCAGAUAUAGUGGAAGAAAUGGGCCUUGAACUGACAGAUAAAGAGAGGAUGCAUCUGAUAAGCGGACUGCCUGUUGAUGAAUCUGGGAAGAUCUAUAAGAACAGAUUGUUGAGUGGGGUAAAGUCUUUCAAAGGAGGAAAAAUUAAACGAAAUAAAAUAAAUGCUGCCCUAGAAAACGUGGGAAUCAAACUUACUGAAAAGGAGCUUGAUCUUCUAGAGUCAAACCUACGAGAUGACGGUAACGGGAAAGUUAAUUUCCAUGACUUGAUGAAGGAAGUAAACACUAUCAUAGGAGAAGAAGAAAAUGUCAAAGACAUAAAAGAUAUUCUAGACAGCCUGGGAUUGGACCUCACGGAGAAGGAAUUCAUAGAGCUAAUAAAGAAUCUCCCUAUUGAUGCUGAUGGAAAUUUCUACCAUAAUAGAUUAAUGAACACUGUGAAGUCUGCCGAAAGAGGGAAGGUUUCUGUCAACAAACUGGACACAAUGGUGAAAAACAUGGGGAUGAAACUCUCAGACAUGGAAUAUAAAGACAUGAUCAAGAACCUGCCAGUGAGCGAUACUGGAAAAAUUGAAAUGGAAAAGUUGGUUGAUGCAAUGGAAGCUUUUACAGGUAAUAAGAUUAAUAUCAAUGAUCUCCACUCCGUUCUGGGAAGCAUGGGCAUUGACCUCACAGAGAAGAUGCUCUCUGAGCUGCAGAAGAUCCUGCCUGUGGACAAUGAUGAAAUGGUAUUCCAGAAAAGAUUGAUGAAGGAAGUAAAGUCUCUCAAAGGGAAAGUUGACGUAAAUAACGUUGACACCAUCCUGGAAGAUAUGGAGGUUAAACUCACAGAACCAGAGCUUAAAGACCUAAUGGAAACCCUGCCAGUUGAUGACAGUGGCAAGGCUGAACUUACUGAGUUAAUGGAUACAGUGAGAACUCUCACAGGGGAAGAGACUGAUGUCAAAGAUGUUAACAAUGUUCUGAAAGAAAUGGGAAUCAACCUCACGGAAAAAGAAUUGAUGAAGCUGCUAAAAGAUCUGCCAGUUAAUGGAGGGACUAUUAGUGCCACUAAAGUAGAUUCUCUUCUGGGAAGCAUGGGUGUGAAACUCGAAGAAAAGGAAUUUAAAGACCUGAUGCAGAAUCUGCCGACGGAUGCCGCUGGGAAUGUCCCUCUUAAAACAGUAAUGGAUGAAGUCAAAAAGUUUUCUGGAAACAAGAUUAAUGUAAAAGAUCUUCAAAAUAAUCUCAGAGACAUGGGGAUUGAGCUAACAGAGGCAGAAUGUUCAGAGCUCAAGAAAACCCUGCCUACUGAUGCUGCUGGAAACGUAUAUCAGAAUAAAGUGAUGGAUUCUCUAAAGUCACAAAAAGGAGGGAUGGUUAAUCUCAGUGACCUGGACAAAGUUCUUAAAAACAUGGGACUUGAACUCACAGAGAAAGAACAUAAAACUCUAAGAGACAACCUUAUAAUUAAAGCUGAUGGGAAGAUUAAUCUCAGUAAGCUUCUAGACACAGUUAAAGCAAUCAGAGGAGAGGCUAUUGAUAUGGAUGAUGUAGAAGAUAUUGUGGAAGACCUGGGGAUAGAAUUUACGGAUAAGGAAUUAUUGAGGCUGAUGGAAAGCUUACAAACGGAUGCUGAUAAGAAAACUUAUCACAAGAGGGUGAUGGAGGGUUUAAAGACCUAUAAAGAAGGGAAAAUCAAGACUGAUAAAGUGGACAUGUUUCUGAAGAACAUAGACAUGGACAUCUUAGAGACAGAACUUAAGGAUCUAAACCAAAACUUACCGGCCUCUGCUAGUGGGAAAAUCGACAUAAGAACUAUAAUAAGUGAAGCAAACGCUUUCACAGGGGAAAAGAUUGAUGUCAGCAAUCUGAGAAAUCUGCUAAGAAACAUGGGGGUUGAGUUCACUGAUCUGGAGUACGCGAGGCUACUGAGAAUGCUGCCGGUGGAUGAUAAUGGGAUGGUGCAUUGGAACAGAGUACUGAAGGCUGUGAAGUUUCUCAAAGGAGGAAAAGUUGAUGUCAAAAGCCUGGGCUCCUUCCUGGAAAACAUGGGCAUCAAACUCACUGAGCGGGAAGUGAAGGAGCUGGUGGAGAGCCUGCCAGUUGAUGCUAAUGGAAAAGUUGAUCUGGUAAAGGUAAUGGAUGAAGCGAAAGCCUUCAUAGGAGAAAAAAUUGGUAUUGAUGAGGUGAAGAAUGUUCUGGAAAACAUGGGACUAGAGUACAAAGAUCAAGAACUGUCCAAACUGAUGGAAAGUCUGCCAUUUGAUGAAGAUGGAAAGAUCCAUCAAAACAAGUUGCUGGAGAACUUGAAGUCCUUGAAAGGUGGGAUGAUCAGUACUAGCAAUCUGAAAUCCGUGAUGGAUAACUUAGGAAUCAAACUCCAGGACAAUGAAUUUAAGGAUCUGAUACAAAGUCUCCCUGUUGGUGCUAACAAGAAGAUUUCUCUAGAUGCAUUGAUGAAAAAGUUGAAAUCUUUUACAGGUGACAAGGUUGAUGUCAGUGACUUGAGAAACAUCUUAAAGAAUCUGGGGCUUGAACUCACAGAGAAGGAACAAGAAAGGCUGCUGAAAAUGCUGCCUGUUGAUGAAGCUGGGAAGAUAUAUUACAAUAGGUUGCUAAAAGGUGUGAAGUCCUUCAAUGCGAGUGGGAACGUUGAUCUGAAGAAGGUGAUGGAGAUAAUUAAAGCUACUACAGGAGGAGAAAUAGAUAGCAAACAUGUGAAAAGUGUUCUAUCAAAAGUGGGAAUAGAGCUUACAGACAGUGAAGUCUCAAAACUGAUGGAAAAUUUGUCUUUUGAUGAUGAUGACAAGAUCUUUAAGAACAGGCUACUAGAGUCUGUGAAGUCUCUCCAAGGUGGUAAAGUCGACAUCAACAACCUGAGCACAGUUCUGGACAAUAUGGGAGUCAAACUUUCAAAUUCGGAACUUAGAGACCUGAAACAAAGCAUGCAGGUUGGAGUUGAUGAGAAAAUUUCACUACAAACACUGAUGCAAAAACUGAAAGAUUAUACAGGGGAGAAGAUUGAGGCCAGUGAUGUACCAGGUGUCCUGGAGAACCUUGAUAUCGAGCUCACGGACAAGGAGCUGGAGGAACUCAUGAAAAAGUUGCCCUUCAAUGAGACUGGAAAGUUGUACAGAAACAGGCUACUGAAGGAAAUGAAGGAUUUCAAAAUGGGGAAGAUCAAAAAGGAUAACCUCCAUACUUCUUUGGAAAAUAUGGGGUUCAAACUCUCAAUGGAGGAAUUUGCCGAAGUGACAGAAAACCUAGAAACUGAUGAAAAGGGGAAUGCUGAUCUACAGCAAGUGAUGGAAAAAGUGAAAUCCGUUACAGAGAACACCAAUAUAAAAAACCUGGAAAACAUUCUAGGCAGCAUGGGAGUCAAGCUGACCAAAGCAGAGCUGGACGAUCUGUUAAAAAACUUGCCCAUCAGUGCUGAUAAUAAAGUGCCUCUGAAAAUGUUGCAAGAAGAAUUAAAAGCUUUUACUGGAGAAAAACUUGACCUCAAUGACAUAAAACAUGAACUUAAAAAUAUGGGGAUUGUGCUUUCUGACAAGGAACUGAAGAAAGUCCUGAAAAACUUGCCCGUUGACAAUGAUGGAAAGGUGUUUCAAAACAGAUUGCUGAGAACUGUGAAGGAUAGUAAACGAGGGAAGGUUGAUGUGAAUAAUCUGGAUGCUGCUUUGGAAGCCCUGAACAUCAAGCUCACAGAAGAGGAGCUUGACCUGGCGAAGGAUGCUCUGAAAGACGGCCAAAAGGAAGUUGAGCUGAGAAAAUUGGUGGAUCAAAUAGAAUCAAUUACAGGAAACGAAGUUGAUGUCAGUAAGGUGGAUAAAAUGCUUGAAGAAAUGGGAAUAGAGCUUUCAGACUCAGAGUUCCUUAAACUAAUGAACAACGUGCCAGUUGAUGAUGGAAAGGUCUAUCUGAGAAGGCUAAUGGAUAGUAUGACAAUCGUUAAAGAUGGGAAGGUAGAUUCCAGUGGACUGAGCACACUUCUGGGGAACAUGGGUGUGAAUCUCACUCAAAGGGAGACUGAGGAUCUCAAAAAAACUCUGCAACUUGAUGAAAACCAUAAAGCAGAAGUAAAAAGGGUGAUAAAUGAAGCCAAAGUCUUUACAGGGCAGAAAGUUGAUACAAAUAAACUUCAAAGUGUUUUGGAACGCUAUGGUAUUAAACUCAAUCCCGAUGAAGUAGCAAAAUUGCUGAGCACGUUGCCGGUGGAUGAUGAUGAAAAGGUUUUUCAGAAAAGGUUGUUGAAGGGUGUGACAUCCCUGGAUGAAGCCACUGUUGAUGUCAACAAACUGGAUACGUUUUUAGAAAACAUGGGGAUUGAGAUCACUGAGAAAGAAUUCGAGGAUCUAACAGACACACUGACGGGAACCUCUGAUGGGAAAGUGAAAUUAAAUAGUGUAAUGGAAAACCUGACUACUAUUUUAGGAGAUUCGGUGGAUAUUAAUGAUGUAGAAGAUAUUCUGACAGACAUGAAAAUUGAAUUCACAGAUAAAGAAUAUUUGAAUCUUUUAAAACAUCUUUCAAGGAAUGCUUCAGGAAAAGUGUAUAAAAAAAGGAUAGUGGAUGGUUUAAAGCGUCUUAAAAGUAAGUGCAAAGUACCAUGA